UUUCAUCUGUAUUCCUUGUUGUGAUUGGCCUGGAGUGGGCUUCCCUGCCCACUUCUUUUUUCUUUUUACAUCUGCCUUCAUUUUAUUUUAUCUCAUUCAACUUGCACACCUCAUCCCUUGAACACCUGAGAACAGCAGCUGUUCAUGCCUGAUGUACUUUGAACUCUUGUGAUAAUUAACCAAGAAUAGUUUUACUUGUGUAACCUCCCACCUAAAGAAGACAAUGAUGGCUUGUGCUGAGUUUUCUUUUCAUGUGCCAAGUCUACAGGAGCUUGCUGAAGUUAUGCAGAAGGGGCUAAAAGAUAACUUUGCUGAAGUCCAAGUCUCUGUAGUUGACUGUCCUGAUUUGACUAAGGAACCAUUUACCUUUCCUGUAAAAGGCAUCUGUGGGAAAACUAGAAUUGCAGAAGUAGGAGGUGUGCCUUACUUAAUGCCUCUUGUAAACAAUAAAAAAGUUUAUGAUCUGAAUAAGAUUGCAAAAGAAAUCAAGCUGCCUGGAGCUUUUAUUCUUGGAGCAGGGGCAGGCCCAUUUCAGACUCUUGGGUUCAAUUCUGAGUUUAUGCCAGUUAUUCAAACAGAAAGUGAAUACAGUCCUCCUGUGAACAGCAGUUACUUUGCCUAUAUUAACCCUGCAGACGGAGGGUGCCUACUACAGAAAUAUAGUGAGAAACAUCAUGAUUUUGGAUGUGCACUACUGGCUAAUCUUUUUGCCAGUGAGGGCCAACCUGGGAAGGUCAUUGAGGUAAAAGCCAAAAGAAGAACUGGACAACUUAACUUUGUGACUUGUAUGAGACAGGCUCUGGGAACUCAUUAUGGAAAUAAGCCUGUAGGGAUGGGAGGUACUUUCAUAGUUCAGAAGGGAAAAGUAAAGGCUCACAUCAUGCCCACAGAAUUUUCCUCUUGUCCACUGAACUCUGAUGAAGAGGUAAAUAAAUGGUUGCAUUUUUAUGAGAUGAAGGCACCUCUGGUUUGUCUACCAGUUUUUGUUUCCAGAGACCCACGGACUCACCGGCCCAGUAGCAAAAGAAGACUUGGUAUGUUCAACAAAUUGCAAGGAGACAAAAUAGGAUCACCUGACUAUGCAGUUAACAUUCCAGUACAUGCAACAACAACAACAAAGGCUGUCUAUAUACUUAUAUAUAACCUUUCUGGAAAAAGACUAAAACUUUAAAAUUUAAAGGAAUGCUGGGCCGGGGGCUCAGUGGUGCCGCAUUUGCCUGGCAAGCACAAGGUCCUGAGUUCGAUCCUCCAUGGGGGCCAGGGGGAUCCUAAAUACUGUAAUUAUAUUCAUGACAGUACUCUCAUAGAAGUAUCAACCUUUGGGCUGGGGAUUUAGCUCAAUGCUGUCACUGCCUCGCAAGCCCAAGGUCCCAAGUUCGAUCCCCGGCACCAAAAAAAGAGUAUCAACCUUUUUCAAGUCUAUAAAUUUAAUUCAAUGUCAGUCUAAUCCCAGUAGGUCUUCUUAUAGGACCUUACCAGAUAUUCCCAGAAUAUAUAAGCUAACAAAGGGCAAAGACAAAAAUAAUUUUGAAGUCAAGGUCAGGGGGAUUUAGUAUAUACAUAACAAAACUUACAAGAUGGUGUGGGUUUUUUUGUGGUACCAGGGACCGAACUCGGGUCCUUGAGCCUGCGAAGCGGCGGCGAAACCACUGAGCUAAAUCCCCGGGCCCUGUGGGUUUUAUCAUUAUGGAGAACGAAGUCAAAGAACAGAAAACCAAGGCCAGAAAAGAUCCUUGUAUAGCCAGACUUCGCUUUUUUUUCACGGAAGAGUCACUGCAGAUCGAUGAGGAAAUGAAAAUGUUCAGUACCCAAAUAGUGCUGACACAACUAUUUAUAUGGAAAAAUAAAAUUGGACUGUGUUCAAUACCAAAUAAAGACCUAAAUGAAUGUUAACAUUU